UUCCUCAGUCCUCGCACUCCCCACAUUCCCCUUCUCUCAGUCUCCACCACUUCACCCUCCCCUCCCCCGCAAGCAUACACCUCAGGGAAGCGCAAAUCCAUGGAGUUCUACGUUGACGAGAAGUGGAAGUUCUCCAAGAAGAGCCGGAACAACGGCAGCUGCAGGCGCGUCUCCAGCGGCGGCGGCGGCGGCGGCGACCCGUUCCUCAAGAGGUCGGCCAGCACAAGGGACCAGGUGAUCGGCCGGCGGGCGAGCGCCGCCGCGUCCGCCCCAGCGAGCGGGUGCGCGGCGCCUUCGUUCUCGAGCCGCUGCGCUGGGCUGGUGAAGGAGCAGCGGGCGCGCUUCUACAUCAUGCGCCGGUGCGUCACCAUGCUCGUCUGCUGGAAGGACUGCUCGUAGCCAUGGCCUCCCGCCGCCGCCGCGCUCAAGAUCUCCCGCCCCCGCCCGCCGUUUCUCCCCCGGUUUAGCCACAGUACAGAAGCAAGAGAUCGAGGAUGUCGAGUAGGCGGCUAAUUGGGUGAUGUAUGUACAGAUCAGCCUCUUGCUAGGAGUCUUGUUUUUCCUUCCUUUUUUUUCGUCCCAUCUCUGGGAUGGUUCUUGGAGAAACUACUAGUGCUUGAUUAGUUAGUGAUUAGUAGCAGAGUAGUUAGUGCUGCAACCUUAGAGGAGGUGGUGCUGUGGGCAAGUUUUGGGAUCACCUUCUGAAGGAGAUGGGGGAUCUUGUUGUUGUUACAGCUGCUGCUGCAGAGCAGAGCAGAGGCUAGCUAGGAGAAAUCUGAGACAGGGCUGGGCUAGCUAGGCCUAGCUGAAAUCUAGUGGAUCUUCUUCUUCUACUAUUGUACUGCCAGUGCAAGGCUGGAAAGUUGUGACUACUCUAUGAUGUAUAGGUAAAGAAAUGAGACGCAACAACAUUCUGUGCUCC